AUUGACUUGCUGCAUUUUCAGUGCUCCCAUUCCAUCGCUCGAUAUGGAUGAUCUCCCCGGAAGAGUUGUCAUACUGGACGCUGGUUCGCAGUACGGUAAAAGGAUUGAUCGUCGAAUCCGUGAGCUGAAUGUGAAAUCGGACCUCUUACCGCUAAGCACGCCGAUCGAGGAGAUCAAGCGAGCUCAAUACAAGGCGAUCGUGAUUAGUGGUGGACCCGGUUCAGUUUUGAAUGAUUCCUCGCCUGCGAUAGAUCCAAAUAUUUUUAAGCUGGGCCUACCUGUUCUAGGUAUCUGUUAUGGCAAGCAGCUCAUGGUAAAGCAUUGCGGCGGUAUUGUGACUAAGAAAAUUGGUCGAGAAGAUGGUCAAUGCGACGCAGUUGUAGACCCAACAUGCCCGCUUUUCGGGGGAUUACAUCCAGAACAAAAGGUUCUUCUGACUCACGGCGAUGGCAUGGAAGUUUUACCUUCAGGAUUUUCUCCGAUCGCUCAUCACGAAGACACAAUUGUGGCUGUGGCAAAUAAGGAGCAAAAAUUGUACGGUUUGCAGUUUCACCCCGAAGUUGAUCUAACGGAGAAUGGACCCACCAUGAUGAAGAACUUUUUAUUUGCGGUGGCGAAGAUCCAACCGGACUACACGAUGGUCUCAAGACUAGAGCAUUGUUUGGACCACGUCCGAAAAAUUGUUGGCCCUACGAAAAAAGUGUUGAUGCUUAUUAGUGGAGGCAUUGAUUCCACUGUGAGUGCGCUUCUCUUGCGAAAAGCUCUAGGUCCAGAACGAGUCAUUGCUGUCUUCAUCAAUAAUGGGUUCAUGCGAAAAAACGAAGUCUCUGAAGUAGAGACAAGCUUGAAGCAACUCGAACUGGAUGUCAAAGUGAUUCACGAAUUCAACAAAUUUUACACAGCAAUGACAAGCGUAACUGACAAUACGACGGCGUCCAGAACUGGAAACAGUACCGGUGGCGAUCAUGUGCAAGAUCACCUUGUGUUGAGUUCGGAGCGCCGUCGCGUGACCAAGAUGUUGUGCGAAGUAUCGGAACCUGAGGAAAAGCGUCACAUCAUCGGAGACACUUUCGUCGACGUCGCACAAGAUGUGAUGAAGAACCUUGGUCUAAGCCCGGAAAACACCUUCCUGGGACAAGGGACUCUGAGGCCAGAUUUAAUAGAAUCUGCCUCUUGUAUUGCAUCUGCAUCUGCUGAUGUCAUCAAGACGCACCACAACGACUCUGACUUGGUACGUCAGUGGCGUUCACUAGGACGCGUUGUUGAACCAUUGACGGAUUUUCACAAAGAUGAAGUGCGCGCACUUGGAAGAGAUCUAGGGCUCUCUGCUGAGUAUUGCAUGCGGCAUCCAUUUCCUGGUCCCGGCCUUGCAAUUAGAGUUCUAUGUGCCAAUGAACCUUACAUAGGCAAAGAUUUUGCGGAAACUCAAGUUCUUAUCAAGGUGAUUUGUAACUACGCCAAAGCGAAACAAACGGAUCACGCAUUGACUCAUCGGGUUGAUAAAGCGACUUCCGAUAGAGAUCGAGAACGUCUUCUGGCGUUGUCGAGGGAGGAAUUCAUGGGAAUUUUGCUUCCAAUCAGAACGGUUGGAGUACAGGGAGACUGUCGAUCUUACAGCUAUUGUGCCGCGCUGUCCUGCAAUGAGGACAAAAGUGUUCCGUGGGAGUCCGCCCUGUUUCUUGCCCGUAUGAUAACAAAAGUUUGCCAUAACGUGAAUCGCGUAGCUUUCGCGUUUGGGGGACCGAUUUUGCAUCCCGUCAGUGAAGUGACCCCGACGCUUCUCACGCCUUUGGUGUUAGCGUUGGCGCGUGAAGUGGAUUACGUGGCUCACUCAGUGUUGAAGACGAGGAAUUGCUAUGACUUAGUUUCCCAAAUGCCUGUGGUGCUUAUUCCUGUUCAGUUCGAUCGCGACCCCAUGAACAGCAACAAAAUGCCGCCCUGUGCACAUUCCGUCGUUUUGCGACCUUUCCUGUCCAAGGAUUUCAUGACCGGAAGGGCUGUGGUCCCUGGUGCCGAUCUGCCCGUUGAGGUUGUAGAUGAGAUGGCGAAAUCCGUGGCCAGAGUCCCUGGUGUAUCGAGAGUACUGUAUGACUUGACGCCGAAGCCGCCGGGGACAACGGAGUGGGAGUAAAUUUUAGCGUGCCGCUGCGAAAGAAUCUAGUAGUUUCGUUGUAUGUUGUCUAAUUUUAUCAUUUUGAAGAAUUUUUCUGCGAAUUUCGCGGUCUGAUUUCUUGAUGAACUGAAUCAACUGAUAUUGGUGGAUGGGUGGAAAAAGACAGUCCUUACCAACUCAAA